AUGUUUCAGGUUUACACUCCUGUUGUUCUCAACGAGACCAAACCUUCGAUAAGCAAUGUGCUUACUCCAUCGUCAUUGAUUAACAAUACGAGUGCAUCAUCGACAGUAUCUUUACUAUCACCACCGACAUCAUUUGAAGAACAUCACAUGGAUCUAUCUCCUCAACUAAUGCAUUCGAAAUCACUGGAUUUAUCCGUUCCGCCGACAAAUAAUCUCUUAGCAUCAACAACCAAUAUGAUUGCGACUACUAAGAAACCGAUUCGAAAUCGUAAGAAGCCUCUACCGUCAUCAUUACCAUCAAUGACUAUUCCACCGACGAAUCCAUCACUAAUUCCUAUAGCGCCUAAUCCCGGUCGACCGUUAGCACCAGCUCCAUUGAAUGUACAACGUAUCGUUGCCACCAAUAAACGUUCAACAAGUAAUAAGAAACGAAAUUCGAAAACCCUAGUACAAUACCAUAGCGAAAGUAUUAUCCAACAAGCGACUUCGCCAAACAAUUCUUUUGCUGAGUCUGUAUCCGGUUUAAUGCAAAAUUUCGAUCAAGAAUUGCUAGCAUCGAAUUUCUUAUCUCAGCCGGCACCACCACCAACGACAAAUAUACUCUCGAAUGAUACUCCGUCUUCGUCAUCAGCAUCUACAACGACAACGACGACCACGAACAUAAAUCUGAUUCGUACAUUGGACAAUAUUGACGUAAGACAAAUUGUCAACACCACAAUUCAACGUACGGACUCAAGUUUUCAAUCGAUGCCAACAUUUGACGAGUUCAAUGAUCGACUCGAAACGGAAACGAAUACUGUCAUGCCUGAUUAUAACGUUGACAAUGAACAAAUAACAUCGUUCAUGAACGAAGAAGAUAUGCGGUUUGUCGAAAUGAAUUUUGAUGAAAAUACCUUUCUCAAACAAUUUGAUUUGGAUGACGCUGGAAUUAAAUUGAACAUUAAUCCGGAACAAAGCAUAUUCGGUAGUCUUCUAACAAAUACUCAUAAUUUAAGUAGCACAAUUGAACAAUCGAGUUCACCAUUGCCAUUGCCAUUGCCACAACCACCACCGCCGCCGAUCUAUCCCGGAUCGUCAUUGAUUAAUAACAAUGUCUUCACAACAGUUGUUCCAUUAGGUCUACAACAGCAUUCGUCGCAAAGUAACACAUUUAGUAGUAAAAAUACAUCGGUAUGCUUGCCGGAAGAAGGUGUACAAUUAACUGCUCGUCAUAUCGAACCCAGUCAAGUAGCAACGUAUGAAUCAGUAAAAUAUCAAGAUAUUCUUGAUGAUUUAGUCACUGUUACUGAUCAAGAUGUAUUGAGUCAUGUUCAAGCGGCAGCAGCUGCCGCUGUGAAUGAGACAACAGUUAUUGCAACUGAUUUUUCGUUUGCUCUAAUUGAAGCAACGAAUGAGAUAAUCAAAACAACAGAAAUUCAAGGUGCUGAAGAAACGGCAUCUGCAUUUGUCGAUUUGCAGUACUUCUAUCCUACGAUCGAACAAGAGCAAGAAUUACUACAAAAACAACUGGAACAAUGCGAACAAAAAGUUGAAUUACAGCCGGAACCGGAACCAGAAUCUCUACCCGUGCCAGCUGUUAUACUUGAAGACAAAUUCGACAACGAAAUCAAUUCGACAGCAGACUCGCCUAAAUCCGAAGACAAUUCAGCAAUCACUGAUCUAGCAUCUAUUCUACAGAUAAAUCAAACACAUUCAACAUCUCCUGUCAAAGAAACAUCGUCUGUUAUUGACUACGAUGCUUUUCUUCCACCACCUACUCCAUCUCCCCCGCCAGCACCUACACCGCCUGUGCAGCCAGUAUUACAGUCGCCAUCACUACUACAUCAACCGACGUUGUCGUUACCACCGGUCCCACCAACACCGACAGCAACGACGACGCCGACAACGGUAACAAUAGAUUUCCUUCCUAUACCUGAACAAAGUUCACGUAAAGCAUGUAUUAUAUUCGAACCAAUAUUAUCUCCGACGAAUCCUCUGUCGCCAAUGAUGCCUUCAUCUCCAAUCAAAUCUGCUGAAAAUGAGCUCGUGCUCGAUUCUGGUUGUUUGACGAGUUCGUCGUCGAUAGAAAAAUCAAAUCCGUUAGAUACAGAUCAGAUCGAAGAAUUACUGAACGAAGCUCCUAAUAAGAAUCCGUACGACAUGAUUGAAAAUCAUGUACAAGCUGCUUCGCCAUCGCCAUCACCAUCGCCAUCUCCACCUCCGGCUAUCGAUACAUCCGAUAAUCUCGAUCAUCUAAUUGAACCGGUCGAUGAACCACCAAAGAAGAUUCUCGAGAAGAAUUUUCUCCAUUAUCAACAAAUCUAUCAAGAUAGUCAGAAGAAAACAACACCGCAAGAACAGUAUUCACCGAUUCCAUCCGUGAAAUUAAAACUCAAUUCAAUUUAUCCGAAACCGAAGAAGAAACGCAAGAUAUCACCAUCGCCAACGGCGUCACCUGCACCGGAAUCAGAGCCGACACCGACACCAGCACCGGCACCUGUUCUUGUGUGUGAGAAUGUUCGACCGUCAUUAAAAAUUAAAAUUCGGACCAAACUACCAUCACCACCAUCUCUGUCGAAAGAAGAAGAAGAAGAACCACCUCCUCCUCCACCGGCAGUGAAGAUCAAAAUUCGUAAACCAAUUAAAAAGCCAAAACGAAAGAAAUCUUCUAUAGAUGAUCAGUUAGAUCGCGAAGCUAAGUUGUCAUUAAAAACUGAAUACGCUGGUUUAACACGUUUUGAGCAACCUCUAGCUCAGUUGUAUCGUACCCAAUCGUCGCCAGAUACUCGUGUGCCACCCACACCUGGAGAGAAUGAAGAUAUACCACUUUUGCCCAACAAACAAGAUACACCGCCAACGAAUGAAUUCAAAUCAGUAAACUCAACCACACCACCCGAAAAUCAAAUGAAGAAAAUGGCGCAUUUACUCAACUAUGAUGAUGAACCGCUGAAUAACAAUACAUUUAUCACUCCACCACCGGAAAUAGAUACACAUGCUCACCAUCACCACCACUACCAACAGCAGCAGCAGCAGCAGCAGCGGAAAGCUUCGAAUGAUAUCGAACAACAAAGUCCAAAAAAGAUGAAAAAAUCGAAACAAUCUUCUUUUCAUAGCAAAGAAUACUAUUCAACAUCAAGGAAAAGCGAGCAUUUACCACAACCACCAGCUCCACCUCCACCCAUCCAUCAUAUGGAUCCAUAUGCUCAACCAUAUCAUCAUUUCGAUACACGAACAGCUCCUUUUUUUAACUUUCCUUUUCCAAAUCCAUUUAUGAACCCACAUGCAGCAGCACCGCCGCCGCCGCCACCACCCUCGAAUCAUUUUCAUCAUAAUUCAAUGAAAUAUCAUUAUCCAACUCAUAGUUAUCCAGCACAUCAUCAUCAACAACAAUUUCCUUAUCAUCCACAUUUACAACGGCAACAACAGUACAACAAUACUAAUUAUAUGUCUUCUCGUAAUCAUCACCCAUUCAACAGGUAG